GCAUUCCUUAUUAAGCUUUUCAAAUAUGUCGAAACUUCUUGUUGUGUUUAGUGCUACAGGCCAACAAGGUGGCUCCGUUGUCGACACUGUGCUAGGAGAUGCGCAGCUGAGCAAAGAAUAUUCCAUCCGAGGAACGACUCGGGACCCGAGUAAGAAUAACGCACAAGAACUCGCAAACAAGGGAGUUGAAGUCGUCAAGGCCGAUAUUGACGACGCUGCCUCACUCAAGAAAGCCUUCGAAGGAGCACAUGUCGUCUUUGCCAGCACUGUCACCGUUUACGACGGCAAAGCAUACGAGCACGAAGUCGCUCAUGGCCGAGCCCUUGCUGAUGCUGCCGUCGCCGUUGGCGUACCUUUCUACAUCUACUCCACCCUACCCAAUGCCGGAAAGAUUUCGGGUGGCAAGCUCAAGAACAUGGGUCACUUCGAUGGCAAAGCUGAAGUGGAGCAGUAUAUCCGCACACUGCCCUUGAAGAGCGCCUUUUUCGCUCCCGGCUCGUUCAUGUCCAAUUUCAGCGCGACUAUGGCGCCGCAUCCGGCCGGCGACGGCACGUACGCUCUGUUUAACUUCGUCAGUCCGGAGACGAAGUUGCCCUUGAUCCACACUGCGAGAGACACUGGUAAAUGGAUUGGUGCCAUCCUGGCCGACUUCCCCAAAUACGAAGGCAAGGUGUUUAGCGCUGCUACAGCCCUCUAUACCUUCAAUGAGAUUGUGGACUCUAUGAACCGGUCUUCGGGGAAAUCGGUCGCGUACAGACAGCUACCGGAAGAGACGUGGCGUGGCUUCCUGCCUCCCACGAUGAAGGAUCAUGUUGCUGAGAUGCUACAGUAUAUCCAGGACUAUGGGUACUACGGCGAUAAUACUGAGGAAAAGGUCAAAUGGUCAGCGGAACAGGCGCGGGGCAAAUUGGUUACGUUGGAUGAGUAUUUCCAAGCGAAUCCUUUGAUUUUGGCGUAAGCGCGGAAACGGGUUUCUGUUCAUAUCACAGGUGUUGGGGGAUGCUAGAGUUGAGAAAGGUCCACCGUUUGAGUCACGUAUAUAUUACUGUUCCAACCGGGGUGUCACAGAAAAUGGCACGACUUUUAGAUGUGUCAGC